CUCCGAUAAAACGGUACAUAACCUAAAAGGAGGUAAACUGUAAACAUCUGUUUAAUUCACGGUGUAUCAGCUUGCGACCUUAUAAUAAUCUUUGCCGAAAGUACAACACUCUUUUGGCCGUUCGAUGCUUUCUUGUUAAAUUCAAUUGAUUUUAAUAAAUAUUCUAUACAAUUAUGGCGUCGUUAGGGAAGAUCUUGCGCAGCUCGUUUUUCACAACAAACACUUGCCUACGGACGGUAAACCAUUAUCCGAUAUGUGCGGCCAAACUACGAUUCAGUCAAACAGUCAACUACUCAACAAAUAUCAUACAGACAUUCAAAGUACCCGCGACGGUAAGCACUACUAUUAUUUAAUACGUUUAUUUGGAAGGAUACCUACGUGCGUGCGUGUGUAUGAGCCAGAAUUUAACGACAGUUGAUUUACGGUUUAAUAAAGGUGAGGUGUGGUGGUCGAUGGUAUUCUGAUACUACGACGACGGUCAAUCGAUUAAACGCUGUCGAAGUAGAAACUAGAGUACUCAAAGUGUGCAAGGCGUAUGAUAAAGUUACGACCGACAAGGUAUGUAAUUUUUUUGUUUUUUUUUUUAUUAUUUCAGACAGUCGUGCGGCAUUACAGCGUCAAGCCACCUCUGACUAUCGAUCAAAUUAAAAAACGAGUAUUAUUGGUAUUACAAUUAUAUGACAAGGUCAAUCCGGAUAAGGUAUAAAACACUUCAUAGUAAUAAGAACUAUGGGAAUUUUAAAAAUUUUUCUUAAUGUAAAACAAGCCAUCGUCGUCUAUAAUAGUAUGGCAAUUUGGAGUCUAUUGUUGUAUCCAUUUUCUAUUUUGAUUUUACUCAAAAUAUUAUAUAUUCAAUAAUUGUACAAUUUUAAAUUUGUAUUGUUUACAGUAUUAAUGGUUUUUAUUACUCGGAUAGAGUAAAAUAAUUUAAUCUUUCAAUUGAUAUUCUCCAAAACUAUUAGUAUAUAAAAUAUACACCAUACCUAUAUUAAUUAAUUAAUAUUUUAUAAAAAGUGAUUCAUAUGUAUGAAUUUCAGCUCAGUCUUGAAUCUCAUUUCAUUAACGACCUGGGAUUGGAUUCCUUAGAUCAUGUUGAAGUUAUUAUGGCUAUAGAAGAUGAGUUUGGUAAGUGUUUAUAACUUUCAUUUUAUUUUAUUAAAAUUUAUAAAUACAAAUUAUUAAUACUGUAAUUUCUAAUUACAAUAAUUGUAUAGGAUUUGAAAUUCCCGAUGAGGAUGCCGAAAAAUUACACAGACCUAAAGAUAUCGUACAAUACGUUUGUGAUCGCGAAGAUAUUUACGAUUGAAUCACCUGGGUCUCCGUGAUAUCUUCAUAAUAUGUAUAAUGUAGUUUUUCCAAAUGUAAUAACAACUCACUGGAACAGCAAAUUUAUUUAUAACAUUUUUUUUUAAGAAUAAUAAGUAUAGUAAUUGUUGAAAGUUUGCUCUGUCAAAAUAUAUUUUUUUUUUAUUAUAAUUAUAAUUUAGUCUUAAACAAUAGUUGCAUAUUUUUAUGGAAAGCCUUUGUAGUAUUUAAAUGCCCAAUAAGCGUCCAGCGCAUACAAAGCACUGAGAAUAAAUCCUAUUGUCUGAAAAAUCAAUAGAAAAUGAGUUAAUAUUUUUUUUAACAAAAAAAUCAUUAAUGCCGUUAUUCUUACAUAAGCUAAUAUUAUUGAUGAAAACAGACUAGUAAAAGGUACAGUCAUGAAAAUCGGAAACAAUAACAUGUAGACCGCCAUAGUGAGUAACGACGAAGAACUAAAAUAACAUAUCGAAGCAAAUAUUCCAAACAUUAUUUCCUGAAAUAAAAUUAAUGGAAAUUAAGUGGAUGCACUUAUAUUAUUUCUCAAUAGGUAAUUUUUAGUUAUUCAUACAAAAAGUGUUGAUCUAACGAGUACUUCGGUAUUUUUGGAUAAUAAAUAUGACACGCUAAUAACCGAUGUUGUCAUUAGACAUCCGGCAACAGUUGUUAGGAACGAUUCAUAAGACGUUCCAAAGGUUGGCAUGUACUUUGUUCCGUAAAAUAGCAUUAUACUUUGACAAAUAGAACCUAAUACCUAAGUGCAUAAUUAAUGAUUAUGUAUAAUAUUGUUUAAAUUAUAAAACAAUAAACAAAUUAAAUUACAAUAAAUAUUUUUUGAAUUAAAUAAUAUUAAAUUUAACUACCUCCAUCACUUAUCAAUGGUAUCCUAAUAUGUUAUUUUAUUU